AUGAUAAAAAACAUAAUCAAAAUAUAUAUUUACACUGUAAGAAUUCUGAAUGACGUGAAGUUAGAGUAUGGCUUCUCGGUGGUGGCGCCGGAAGUGGCAGUACCGGGGAAGACGACCGCAGUACUCGUGACGUUACACGGGAGAGCCGACAAUGAAACCGUUGACCCACUCAACGUGACUGUGCGUCUAGAAACGCAAGACGCCGAAAAUGAAGUGAAAUUAUUAACGACAGCGAGCCAAAUGAUUAUAGGUUACGGCAUCAUCUCUCUCAAAAUACCAGCGUCUCCAGCUACACAUUGUACUCUUCAUACUACAGUGGGCUGUGUUGGAAGUGAUGAAUGUACGGCAAAAAGUCACAGUGUGAUAAGACUGUUAGGGCCAGUCCGAGACGUAAUUGUCCGACCAGCCCGCCAUCAUUACAGACCUGGAGAAACAAUCACAUUUUGGAUACUGGCCCUUGACCACGAUCUGCGAUUGGUUCGUGGUGAAAUAGCCUAUGUUGCCCUCAGCGAUCCAGCUGGAACCAAAGUCGCCAUCUGGGAUCAGCUGUCAAUGGAAGAAGGUGUACGGAAGCUUAGUGCCGCUCUUGCAUCAGGUGCUCGUUCGGGAGUAUGGCGUAUCGAAGCAAAAUGUGGUGGAGCGUCAGCUCGUGUCGAUCUAACAGUUGGAGCUGGGCUUGGAGGCUCCAGUGCUACGGCACCCGCAGCAGAGCAACACUAUGUCGAACUUAGAUUUGCCGACAGCAUGCGACGCCGCUACAAGCCUGGAUUACCUUUUGUUGGACGGGCAAGGCCGCUGCCUGGAGGUCGCCAGGGCGCGUCUGGAGCUGGCGCUGGACGCGACAGCAUGCGGGCCGCCAGCCGAGCGCGGGGUGUUGCAAGACCACCUAGCAGCCCCCCGCAUCCAUCAUCCCCACCAGAAGGCUUGGUGUCGGCUGGGUCUUCUCGGACUCAGCAAGCGGCACCCGCCGCUGGUGAAACACGUCGCAUGCGUUGGUCUAAAUCAAUGAAUGAAAAUGCACUGCGGGCGUAUUUUAGGGCAAAAGGGGAAGAAACUGGAUGUUUGGCGUAUCGGGCUCGGAUGCAUCGCUUUUUUGCAGAGCUGGAGCCAUCUCUAUCCGUCACUGAGCAAAACCUGGCAGACCGAGUUAGGUACAUCCUGCGCUCCAACAUAUUUGGUGACGCCGAACUCGAGCGACUACGACGUGAGGCUAUUCCUUCAUCGAAUGGAAAUGCUACGGCUGGGAAUGCGGCCCCACUAGAUGCGCAACAAACUGCAUAUGUGGAUGCUGCCGUCAACAUUCCAUUUGUGGCUAAUUCAGACGAUAAUGGAAUAGUCUCCCACCAACUAGAGAAAAUGAGGAGCAUAUUGGAAGAGUCGAUGCUGGAAACGCGCAGCAUGCCUCUCGAAAAUCAUCCGCGACUUCCCCGCAUACCCCUUAGCAAGCGAAAUCCGGCUGUCGUGCGGGCUCUUAACCCAAUGCUGGUGACCUAUUUGGAAGCCAGCCGGGACCUUUGCGAGACGGAUUCAAUUCGUUUUGGCGCCGCACUGGCAGUAUGCCGUAUUAUUGGCGCCAAACUUCCCGUGGCUGGACGUGCUACUCAAAAAAGUAGCGCCAUCCCAGCCUGGAGAAAAAGAAUUGAGGACCGUAUCGCAAAGACAAGGGCCCUUAUCGGCAGACUGACAAGCUUCAGGUCGGGUAAUAAUAGACCGAGGAUUAUGCGCACCGUUAGGGUGGCGUUUGCUGGGACAAAUAUCAGUUUGUUCCAGCCGGAUAUCACGCAAAAACUAACGGAGCGCAUAGAUGACCUGAAGCAAAAAAUCGCUGCUUGGGGGGAAGCGGAUUCGACGAUUUAG